AUGCGCUUGCUCUUUGCCACUCCAGCCACCUCCCUCGCUGCCGCAACUGCAAUCGCAACCGCAAGCCCUGUGUACAGUCCUCUACCUCUACAGCAGUCAUUGACCACAGAACCAUGUGCCCGAGUGAGCGCCUCGAGCGCCUCCUACCUGGCCGCCACGCCUACAGGUAUUUUGUUCCUUCUUUCGCCCGCCUCCGAAUCCCCUAUGCGAUUAAGUAACGUGCUUACCAAGACACAACCAGCAACCGCCGCCAUCGUCGAUGGAGCCCUCUUUCACGAAUGCCUCCAGUCCAUCCCACUCAACCAAUCCGCAGCCUUGGACCUGGUGCACUCUCUAGAACCAUACGUCGAACUCCAAACAACACUUGACUACCUGGCCGAUCCACCUCAUAACUGGCCCCAUCCACCUGUCGACAUCAAAGCACGUCUACAAACGCUGGUCGACGAUGUGACAUGCGGAAAUGGAAACUACACCACAGAAUACGACUUUCAAGCCGCCCUGUACAGAAUCUUCCUCUCGGCCCGUGACGGCCAUUUCUCCUUCAUCCCAGACCUCUUCGAUGUAGCAGCGUUCAAGAUCCCAGGCGUGAGCCUUGUGUCCAUAUCACCGGACGGAAACGCACCACCGCAUGUGUACUUUCAAUCCGACAUCGUCGAACACACCGUCACGGAUGACGGGUUUCCCGCUCUGACAUUGAUCGGCAAUGAGGAGGAUCCGGCAUACUAUGCACCGUCGCCGAUAAUCAGCAUCAACGGCAUCGAUACUGCUGCUUACCUGUCCGCCGCACUCGACGAACUACCAAUUCCUUUCCAUGACGCAGAUGCAGCGUAUAAUUUCCUCUUCUUCGAGAUCGCACAGACCGUCCAGUUCGGCGACCAGGCCGGGCAGGGCGCGUUUCCGAACCCCAUAUUCUACCCCGGUCCGGAAAGGAUCUUUGGACUGGCUAAUGGAAGCACAACCAGCAUUCGGACGGUGGCAGAAAUUCACGCGCAUGCCGACUUUGACGGUGUCAAGGACGGUAUUUCUGCGUACAGGAAGUUCUGCGUCCGUGAUAAACCUGUGUCCAGAAUGGAGGGUGUCUCAUCGCCAUCACCGUCGCUGCCAACAUCAACAGCCCAGAUAGCAGAUAUGGAGUUGGGGCGUGACAGUCCACAGGCGACACCGAAUCUGAUACCCUUAGCCUUCCCGCUGUACCCAUCGUUGCCGACCGUGAUGGACAAGGCGGGCCGCGUCGCUGGAUACCAUCUCAACGACACAGCGGUGCUGGUCAUACUUGAUUUUGCCGUGCAAGACGAGAGCGAGGACGACCCAUCCGACUUCCAAGACACGAUCGCUCGAUUCCUGGAACUGUGCAAAAGAAAAGGCCAAAAAAGACUGAUCAUCGACCUUUUUGCCAACGGCGGCGGGACGCUCGAGUUAGGUAUCGACACGGCUGUGCAGAUAUUUCCGGCCAUCGAGCCGGUCGUGUACGGCAACAUGCGUGCCUCACAGGUCCUCUAUGAUCUCGGACGACGGGGAAAUUCUCGAUUCGAUGACGACUACCAGCCUGCGUCGAGGGGGUUGUUUGAUGUCAGAUCAUUAUUAAACGCGGACGGUCAGGGUUGGACGGACUGGCACGAACUUUUCGAGCAGCCGGGCUUCUUAUCGCUAUACAACGAGCGCGGCAAGAACGAGCGCCAGUACAUACAGGAGCGCAACCACACUCACAUACACGAGCACGAGCACGAACACGAGCAUGGCAAUUUCGACUCCGAGUUCGAGUGCGAGUCCGCCUCCAACCCGGAACGACAAAGAAACCUGAAGCUCCUAACGCAGACAUUCCAAUUCAACCUCACGGCGACAUCUCCCCCUGGCCUGCACAUGCACAUGGCGCGAAAAGCCGACAACGGUCUAGCCCAACCCGAAUCCGUACGCGAACCCGUCGCCGUCUUCGCCCCCGAGAAUGUCGUCCUCGUCACCGACGGCUACUGCGCGAGUACAUGCGCCGUCUUCGUCGAGCUGUUGACGACGAUGACGACGGCACGACGAGAACAGCAACAACAACACGUUCGUGAUGGUCAUGGUCAUGGUCAUACUCGUGGCCGGGUACGGACCUUGGCCGUCGGUGGACGAUCACGACGGCAGCCGAAGGGUCAUGACGACGACAAGAUGGAAAUGGAAAUGGAAAUGGAAAAGCUGCUGGGGGAGCAAAUGCAGGACCGGAUGCAAAGCAAAAUGCAAAUAGUAGGAGCAACAAAAGGAGCGGCGUUCUGGAGUUUUGGCGAAAUUUUAAACGGCGCGGAAAAUGCGAUGCGAGACCGAGGCCAGAUUGCAAAUGCAAAACAAAACUUUACAGACCUCCCACUUCGACGAACAAUGUCCCCCGGCGCCGCGGGUGUGAACGGUGUAAAUCACAUCCGUAGUCCUCUUGCCCUUUCCACGGUGGCCCCGGACAGACUUCAUGGACUUCACAGUCCACAACGACGCCAGGGCGACGGUGGCGACGGUGACGAGCAGGCACAAGAAGAAGAAGAAGAAGAACCUGAAACGACAGCCAAGGUCAAGGUUAAAGUCAAGGCUAAGAUCAAAGAAGAAGGAAGUGUGCCUGCACAUCUACCGCUGCAAUUUACCAGAAAGGAUGCGGAUUUCCACCUCUUUCACACAAGGGAGACGUUGGUCAGGAAGGACGUGCUCUGGAAAAGAGUGAGGGAUGUUGUCUUUGGAGACAACUCGUGA